AGGAGAUGGGCUUUGACACCAGCUCCAUGGAGGCCGUGGUUGCUGGUGCCAAAGGCGGCGCCGUCUUCGGGAGCUUGCUGGGGGGCGCGCUGAUCAUGUCCCGGGGCCGGCGGACGAGCAUUGCGGUGAGCGCGCUGCCCUUCCUGAUAGGGCCUCUGCUGAUCUUCACGGGCCGCGGCUUCUGGCAGCUGCUGCUGGGGCGGCUGCUCAUGGGCUUCGGCUUCGGCCUGGCCUCCGUGGCCACGCCCAACUACCUCUCGGAGGUGGUGGUGCCCGAGAAGCGAGGUAUGGUGGAGGCGAUGUACGAGCUGGGGAUCGCAACUGGCAUGCUUCUCUCGGCCAUUGCGAACCUGAGUAUCGAGGCGCUGGGUGAGGAGGGCAUCUGCGCCUUUGACCUGGGCUGCUGGCGGUUCCAGGCCGGUUUGGUGCCGCUGUGCUUCGCACUGCCCCUGACCUUGGCGGUGAUGUUGGUGCCGGAGUCUCCGAGGUGGCUGCUGCAGGCCAAAGGCUCCUCUUCCGAGGGCCUCUUCUGCAGCCUCCAGGAGAUCGGGCGCUUGGGGCGCCACGGUGCCGCCGAGCGGCUGAAAACUAUCGAGGCGAAGAGUGCGGAGCUGAUGUUGUCCGACUUCGAGGAGACCAACGACGACCUGAUCCGACUAUGGGAUUUGAAGCACAAAGAGGCUGGCAUGCCCCUCUUUCAGCUGGGAGAUGAGUCCAAUGCAGACCUAGACGAGUCCGAGGACAGUGAGCCUCCGAGGGUGCGGACGGUUUAUUUGCUCAAGCAGACCCUCACGGAUGCCGGGGCCAUCUUGUGCGGCCGGGGACCACCUGGCACAGGCACCGGCCUGGCGCUGGCCAUGUGCGCGGCAGUGCUGAACCAGGCCUGCGCCUCGACGUCCAUCCUGAUCUACGCGCAGAAUCUGCUCCAGUCCGUCGGCGUCACCGAGAAGGACGAUCAGGACGCACAGACGCUGAUCACCUUCGGUGCCAAGCUGCUCGGGGUGCUUCUGGGCCUCUUCGUGGUGGACCGCGUGUCGCGGCGCCUGCUGCUGGCGGUGGGCGGUCUCGCCUGCGCCGCCUUCAUGGGCCUUCUGAUGGUGGGCGCCAUGCUGAAGAGCGCCUCCCUGCUUUUGCGCCUCGGGCGGUCACGGCCUGCGGGGGCGCGAGGUACUCCUCGGCUUCCCAGGCCAUGUCCACGGCCACGCUCUUCGGGGCGGGCUGGCUCACCUCCAUGACCUUCGUGAGCGUCAUGUCGCUGGGCCCCAUGGGGCUUUUGGUCUACAUGGGGGUGGGCGUGCUCAUGUUCUGCUACGCCUACUGCUGGCUCCCUGAGACCAGCGGCCAUUCCUUGGAGGAGUGCGCGGAAGACGUGAACGAAGAGGCAAGCGCAAGCGACGACGAGUCUGACGAGGAGCAUGAUUUCAAAUCGGACUGAUCGGAAGGGCCUUGGCGCCUCACGUCUGAGGGUGGAUGCUGGGUCUGCAGUCGGCUUCUGUGAAGCUCCGCCUCAGAUCGUUUUAUCAAUCUGCUUGUCGCAGAGUUCAAACGGCGAACUCAAAGCAUCAGUUCGCUUUCAGGUCUGCGAGUCUUGCGACCACGCCCUUGCGGGACGUGCUUUUCAAUCAUCCGUGUGAUUCCAAAGGCUCCAUCUGUGAAUCCCCUCCUU